UGUCGUUCUCUCUACAUCCCUCCUUUUCACCCUCUUGUUCAAAUUUUCAGUGCGUGUGAGCAAAUUCGUCUCUCUCUAUAUCUCAGGCAGUGAAGUUGAGAUAAAAAUGGAGUGGAACCCUGAGACCUUACAAUUUCUAUCACAAUGUUUCCUCAACACCCUAUCCCCACUCCCUGAGCCCCGCCGCCGUGCAGAGGCGGCGCUGGCAGAGGCUACCGAUAAGCCUAAUUACGGCCUUGCAGUGCUCCGGCUUGUUGCUGAACCCUCCGUGGACGAGCAGAUCCGUCAGUCUGCUGCAGUCAACUUCAAGAACACCCUCAAGGCGCGCUGGGCCCCGCAUACCACUGAUCCGUCCAUUGCUCAAACCCACACUAUUCCUGACCCAGAAAAGGAGCAAAUCAAAUCGUUAAUUGUAACUCUAAUGGUGAAUUCGUCCCCCAAAAUCCAAGCACAGCUCAGUGAAGCCCUGGCCAUAAUUGGGAAACAUGAUUUCCCCAAAGCUUGGCCUACGUUAUUGCCGGAGCUUGUCCAGACUCUCGAUGGGUUAAGCCAGGCCAAUGAUUAUGUUUCUGUAAGUGGGGUUUUGACAACCAUUAAUUCGUUGUUUAAGAAAUUUAGGUAUCAGUUUAAGACCAAUGAGUUGUUGCUUGAUUUGAAAUAUUGUCUUGAUAACUUUGCAAAACCAUUGUUGGAAGUAUUUAAACGUACUGCAAGUUUGUUAGAUCAGGUAAGUACAUCUGGUGCUGCUAAUGCAAAUUCCCUUAAGCCCUACAUAGAGUCUCAGAGGUUGUGUUGUAGGAUAUUUUAUUCCCUGAAUUUUAUGGAGUUGCCCGAGUUUUUUGAGGACCAUAUGGAAGAGUGGAUGAUUGAGUUCAAGAAAUAUUUGACUGUAAAGUACCCUGCUCUCGAGGACAGUGGAAAUGAUGGGCUUGCGUUGGUCGAUGAGUUACGAGCUGCUGUAUGUGAGAAUAUUAGUCUCUAUAUGGAGAAAGAAGAGGACUUGUUUCAGAAAUAUUUGAGUGGUUUUGUGGAGGCAGUGUGGGCUCUUUUGGUGGUUGCAUCUGCUGCUUCUAGUCGGGAAAGGUUAACUGUAACUGCUAUUAAGUUUUUGACCAUUGUUAGUGCUAGCGUUCACCAUACUUUGUUUGCUAGGGAUGACAUUUUGCAGCAGAUUUGUCAGAGUAUCGUGAUUCCUAAUGUGAUGCUAAGGGAUGAGGAUGAGGAGUUGUUUGAGAUGAAUUAUGUAGAGUUCAUAAGAAGGGAUAUGGAAGGGAGUGAUCUUGACACGAGAAGGAGAAUUGCUUGUGAACUUCUUAAGGGGAUUGCUAUGAAUUACAAGGAGAAUGUCACUGAGAAGGUAGCAGCUCAGAUACAGUUGCUUUUGGCCUCAUUUUCUGAGAAUCCAGCUGCAAAUUGGAAACACAAGGACUGUGCUAUCUAUUUGGUUGUCUCUCUUGCCACAAAGAAGGCAAGCGGAAGUUCUGUUUCCACUGAUCUUGUUAAUGUUGAAAGCUUUUUUGGGUCUGUCAUUGUGCCAGAGCUGCAAAGUCAGGAUGUGGACGGGUUUCCUAUGUUGAAGGCUGGUGCAUUGAAGUUUUUCACCAUGUUUAGGAAUCAGAUCUCCAAACCUAUUGCAAUGGCUUUGCUACCUGAUGUUGUUCGCUUCCUUGGUUCAGAGUCGAAUGUGGUCCAUUCUUAUGCUGCCAGCUGUAUUGAGAAACUGUUGAUGGUCAAAGAUGAAAGUGGAAGGGCGAGAUACUCAGCAAUGGACAUUGGUCCAUUUUUGCUUGUCUUGAUGACAAACCUUUUUAAUGCUUUACAGAAGUCAGAAUCUGAGGAGAAUCAGUAUGUGAUGAAGUGUAUAAUGAGAGUUCUUGGGGUUGCUAAUGUUUCUCGUGACGUUGCUUUACCUUGCAUCAAUGGCCUGACAACUGUUCUGAAUAAAGUCUGUGAGAACCCAAAGAAUCCUAUUUUUAACCACUAUCUGUUUGAAUCUGUGGCUCUUCUUGUCAGACGGGCCUGUGAGCAGGAUCCAUCUCUCAUAUCUGCGUUUGAAACAAGCCUUCUCCCCAGCCUGCAGAUGAUCUUAUCUAGAGAUGUGACAGAGUUCUUUCCUUAUGCAUUCCAGCUGCUAGCUCAGCUUGUUGACUUGAAUCGGCCUCCUUUGCCUGGGAAUUAUAUGGAGAUCUUUGCAAUACUUCUUUUACCCGAAUCAUGGAAAAAGUCUGCAAAUGUCCCUGCCCUUGUGCGUUUGCUUCAAGCAUUCCUUAGAAAGGCUCCACAUGAGCUGAACCAGCAAGGGAGAUUAUCUAAUGUCCUUGGUAUAUUCAAUACAUUAGUUUUGUCUCCUCAUUCUGAUGAACAAGGAUUUUAUGUGCUAAACACCGUGAUUGAGAACCUUGGGUAUGAUGUGAUCUCAGCCUACAUUAGCCACAUUUGGGUUGCUCUGUUUAAUCGGCUCCAGCAUAACAGAACAGUGAAGUAUAUCAAAUCUCUUGUGAUAUUUAUGUCACUUUUUCUGGUCAAGCAUGGUUCUCAAAACCUUGUAGGCUCGAUGAAUGCUGUUGAGAUGAAUUAUGACUGUGCUAUCUAUUUGGUUGUCUCUCUUGCCACACGUACAAUUUUAGAGCAGUUUUGGAUACCCAAUCUCAAGCUGAUCACAGGUUCACUUGAGCUUAAAUUAACUUCAGUUGCUUCUGCCAGACUUAUAUGUGAAUCAGUGACGCCAUCGGAUUCCAAGCUUUGGGGGAAAAUGCUGGACAGCAUUGUUACUCUUCUAUCAUGCCCAGAACAGGAAAGAGUGGAAGAGGAGACUGAUGUUCCAGAUUUUGGUGAGACUGUGGGUUAUAAUACCACUUACGUUAACCUGUACAAUGCUGGGAGGAGAGAAGAGGAUCCUCUGCCAGAAAUCAACGAUCCAAAGCAAUUUUUGGUUGCAUCUUUGGCAAAUCUUUCUGCUCAUUCACCUGGAACAUACCCGCGGAUCAUUAAUGAAAAUCUUGAGCCGGCAAAUCAAGCUGCAUUACUUCAACUUUGCAACUCUUACAAUCUUACCAUAGUUUAAGAAACUAGCCGUUUUAUGUUUUUGAUAAUGUAGGAUUCUGAAGUUGAAACAAUUGGCAAAGGGUAUCAUCAUGCAUUUGUACAUUUUCGGUCUUCGGAUGUUAAGUCCUGCCUGGGUACAGUCGACCAGCAUUACAUUAUGAUAAAUCACAGUGUCUGUUGAGUUUGCUUGAAUAUUGAUGGCUUGUUGUGGGGCCAAUACGGCACGUAAUAGAAGGCUGUGUUUUUUGAGGGGAUUGAGAAAGAUAUCGACAGAUUGACGUUUGCUAUCGAAACUAUAUUUUCUGGAGUUGUCAUGAAGGUUAAUUGUAUCUCUACUUCCAUUUUCAUUGCUAUGUUCGCUUUAUAUUUGGUUUA